AUGUCAUCUAAUAAAAACGAAAGAGAUUUGAAUAUCCCAACUGCUUCAGCAUCUAUUAAACAGAAACAACGACAACAACUUGGAAUUAAACUGGAACAUGGUGCUUCAACAGCGGAUGUGUAUGACCCUCAAGUUGCUAGUUAUUUGAGUGCUGGAGAUUCACCCAACCAGUUUUCCAACACUGCCCUUCAUCAUAGUAACAGUGUUGGAUAUUCUGCUAGUGCUGCAGCAGCGGCCGCAGAAUUACAACACCGUGCCGAAUUACAAAGAAGACAACAACAAUUGCAACAACAGGAAUUGCAACAUCAACAAGAACAGUUACAACAAUAUAGACAGGCUCAAGCGCAAGCUCAAGCUCAAGCGCAGGCUCAAGCGCAAGCGCAAGCUCAAAGAGAGCACCAACAGUUACAACAUGCUUAUCAACAGCAACAACAACUACACCAGUUGGGACAACUUUCUCAACAGUUGGCACAACCACAUUUGUCACAACAUGAGCAUGUCAGAGAUGCGCUUACUAGUGACGAAUUUGAUACAAAUGAAGAUCUUCGUUCGCGAUACAUCGAGAAUGAAAUUGUAAAGACAUUCAACAGUAAAGCAGAAUUGGUGCAUUUUGUUAAAAAUGAACUAGGUCCUGACGAAAGGUGUAAAAUUGUCAUCAAUUCAUCAAAACCAAAAGCUGUUUAUUUCCAGUGUGAAAGAUCAGGAUCAUUUAGAACCACUGUCAAGGAUGCAGCUAAACGACAAAGAAUUGCUUAUACCAAGAGAAAUAAAUGUGCUUAUCGUUUGGUCGCCAAUUUGUAUCCUAGUGAAAAGGAUCUGAAAAGAAAAAAUAAGACCGAUGAACCUGACUAUAAUGAAGACAAUUCUCGCAUUUCUGAAAUGUGGGUUUUGAGAAUGAUCAACCCUCAACAUAACCAUCCACCUGAUCCCGUGAACAAAAAGAAGAGACAAAAGACAUCAAGAACGUUGGUUGAGAAACCAAUAAACAAACCACAUCACCACCAUCUUCUCCAGCAAGAACAACAACAACAACAACAGCAGCAGCAACAGCAACAGCAACAGCAACAGCAACAGCAACAGCAGCAACAGCAACAACAACACAACGUUAAUAGUCUAGCACAACAACAGGCCGCUCAGUUGCAACAACAAAUGCAACAGCAAUUACAAGCAAGUGGGUUACCAGCAACACCAAACUAUUCUGAAUUGUUAGGUCAAUUGGGUCAGUUGUCUCAACAACAAUCACAACAACAGCAGCUCCAUCAUAUACCUCAACAACAUCAACGAAUUCAAAAUCAACCGCAACAACAGCAACCACAAGCACAUACUCAAGGAUUAGAGCAACCUGACGCUGCAGUUAUAGCUGCGAUUGAAGCCAGUGCUGCCGCAGCUGUUGCUUCUCAAGGAACACCCAACGUUACUGCUGCAGCAGUGGCUGCAUUACAACACACGCAGGGUAACGAUCCUGAUACCCAACAAGAAGAUCCUGCUGCUAUUGAUUCAAAUGUUGAUCCAAGUCUUGAUCCUAACGUUGACCCUAAUGUCCAAGCUCAGGAUCAUUCUCAUGGAUUACAAAACUCAUAUGGAAAAAGAGGUGGGUUUUUGUAG